AUGGUCCGAAAACCAAAUGGCUCUUUCGACGAGGGUGUAUGCAUUGCCGAGCUUGUUGCUUUACUCGGUUUCCCUUCACGAGAAUUUUGGCAGCGGACACCAGCCAGCUCCCUCUUUUGGGACACUUAUGGAAAAUGGACAGAUCUAGUUUCAAUCCCCGACAGAUAUUUUGAGGAUCUAGCCGGUGAGAUCAAAGGCGAGGACGUAGAGUGCUUUUUGCGAUGGAUACGAUUGGCCCUACAGUGGGACCCCGAAGACCGCCCUACAGGUAUGGAGCUUUUACUUGAUCCAUGGCUGAUGGAAGGUCUCAGUAUUGAACCAAAGUAA